AUGGGUGUCGCUUACGGCCUGAAGCCGCCUCAGAGUGUCGCCCUGGUCCCCACAGUGGCCGUGCACAAGAGACUCGAGUUUGAGCUGCGGACCAAAGGGAUCUGUGACGUCACACAGACAGAAAUUAAAAAAGAGGCGAGACACGGGACAUCCUUCCUGUCCUCCUCCAUGCGCGUGCACAAGUUGUCAGGCCGGGCUCUCGGCUCAUCUGGAAUCAUUAAACUCUACGGUCGCCACAUCUCUGUCUCACUCCGUCUUCUGUGGACCGUGUCUGCGUGUCCCACUGUCCUCUGCUCGUCACAUUAUCACACAUUCAUCACUCAUAGCGUGAUAUGA